CCCCGCGCUGUGCUUCCGGUUAACCAAAGCGUGAUCAGCCGUGCUCAGUCUCUCUUCCCUUCUUCGGCUCACAGUAGAGGCGUCUCAUAGGACUCUCCCGGUUCCUUUACCUCUCUUUCUUCUCUUCCCGAUCGGAAUAAUCAUCAAGCCCAGCGGACAUGGCAUCAGCGCAAGCUCAGUCCAACCCUGGUCCAGCUCCUCAGCUGCAGAGGGGAAUAGUGAAGAUGGUCUUGUCUGGUUGCGCUAUCAUUGUUAGGGGCCAACCACGAGGAGGCCCCCCUCCAGAACGCCAGAUCAAUCUGAGCAACAUCCGUACCGGAGCUCUUGCCCGCCGUGCUGCACAGGCCCAGCCAGAAAGCAAGGACACACAAGAUGAGCCGUGGGCCUUCCAAGCGCGAGAAUUCUUGCGUAAGAAGGUUAUCGGCAAAGAAGUGUGUUUCACCGUCGACCGACCUAAAGGCGUUUUGACAAGAGAAUACGGCAUGAUGUAUCUGGGAAAAGACACAUCAGGCGAAAAUAUCGCAGAGUCCCUGGUGGCAGAGGGCCUCGCCACAGUGCGCAGAGAGGGCAUGAGAGGAAACAAUCCUGAUCUUGCAAGACUGAGUGAUUUGGAGGACCAAGCAAGGGCCUCCAAAAAAGGUCUGUGGUCUGAGGGUGGAGGUUCACAAACCAUUCGAGAUCUGAAGUAUACCAUCGAGAACCCUCGCAACUAUGUGGACUCUCUUCACCAGAAACCAGUCAACGCCAUUAUUGAACAUGUGCGAGAUGGCUGCACGGUCCGAGCACUUCUGCUGCCUGACUACUAUCUAGUGACAGUCAUGCUAUCCGGAGUCAAGUGUCCUUCAUUUAAACGAGAACCAGAUGGGAACGAGUCCCCUGAGCCCUUUGCCGCAGAAGCAAAGUUUUUCACAGAGUCCCGACUGCUACAGAGAGAUGUGCAGAUUAUUCUGGAGUCCUGCCCCAACCAGAUCAUCCUGGGCACCAUCCUUCACCCGAACGGAAACAUCACAGAGCUGCUUUUGAAGGAGGGCUUUGCGCGUUGUGUGGACUGGUCCAUCGCCGUGUACUCCCAGGGAGCCGAGAAACUCAGAGCGGCUGAACGGUCAGCGAAAGAGCGUAAAGUGAGAAUCUGGAAGAACUAUGUUGCUCCAACAGCUAAUUUGGACCAGAAGGAAAGACAGUUUGUCGCCAAGGUGAUGCAGGUCGUGAAUGCAGAUGCCAUCGUGGUGAAGCUGAACUCCGGGGAGUACAAGACCAUCCACCUGUCCAGCAUUAGGCCCCCGAGACUCGAAGCCGAGGAGAAAAACAAGGACAAAGAUAAACGAUUCCGUCCUCUGUACGACAUUCCUUACAUGUUCGAGGCACGAGAAUUCAUGAGGAAGAAGCUCAUCGGGAAAAAGGUUAAUGUCACGGUCGAUUACAUCAGAGCUGCCACCACGGCUUUGGAAACGAGUGGCGUCCCCGCCUUCCCAGAACGUACCUGUGCUACGGUUUCUAUUGGAGGAAUAAACAUCGCAGAGGCUCUAAUCAGUAAAGGUCUCGCCACAGUGAUCAGAUAUCGCCAGGAUGACGACCAGAGAUCUUCCCACUACGAUGAGCUUCUGGCGGCAGAGGCGAGGGCAAUCAAGAACGGCAAAGGACUUCACAGCAAGAAAGAGGUGCCUAUUCACAGGGUGGCUGACAUUUCCGGGGAGACACAGAAAGCCAAACAGUUUCUGCCGUUCCUGCAGAGAGCGGGGCGCUCGGAAGCCGUUGUCGAGUACGUGUUUAGCGGCUCUAGGCUCAAGCUCUACAUGCCCAAAGAGACGUGUCUCAUCACCUUCCUGCUCGCCGGUAUCGAGUGUCCCCGAGGGUCUCGGAACAUGCCGGGUGGGAUACAGGUUGCAGAACCUUAUAGCGAGGAAGCCAUGUUGUUUACCAAAGAGCUGGUUCUUCAGAGAGAGGUGGAAGUUGAAGUUGAGAGCAUGGACAAGGCUGGGAAUUUCAUUGGGUGGCUUCACAUCGAAGGCAUGAAUCUGUCAGUCGCUCUUGUGGAGAAUGCCCUGUCCAAGGUCCACUUUACAGCAGAGCGAAGCUCCUAUUACAAAACACUUCUUUCUGCGGAGGAACCCGCCAGAGAGCGAAAAGAGAAGGUCUGGGCCAAUUACGAAGAGAAACCAAUAGAAGAGGUGGCUCAGAUCACGGAAGAGAUCGAGCGGGUGCAGAAGUACAGACCUGUCUAUGUCACAGAGAUCACAGAUGGUUUGCACUUCUACGCACAGGAUGUGGAAACCGGUACUCAGCUGGAGAACCUGAUGGAGAGCAUGCGAGCAGAGAUCGCCGCCCAACCUCCGGUGGAAGGAUCCUUCACCCCGCGCAGAGGAGAUUUCUGCAUCGCAAAGUUUGCUGAUGGAGAAUGGUACAGAGCUCGUGUGGAGAAGGGCGAUUCCGCAGCAAAGGUUCACGUGUUCUACAUCGACUAUGGAAACAGAGAGAUAUUAUCGUCCACACGUCUUGCAGCCCUUCCUCCAGCCUUCAGCACACGUACGCUUCCUCCACAGGCUUCAGAAUACGCUUUUGCCUACAUUCAGGUCCCACAGGAUGAAGACGCACGGGCCGAUGCUGUGGACAGUGUGGUCAGGGACAUUCAGAACACACAAUGUAUGCUGAACGUGGAGUACAGCGGGACUUCCUGCCCGCACGUCACGCUGCAGUUUACAGACUCUAAAGAUGACGUGGGUCUGGGGCUGGUGAAAGAAGGGACGGUCAUGGUGGACGUGCGGAAAGAAAAACAUCUCCAGAAAAUGGUGACUGAGUAUCUGAAUGGUCAGGAAUCUGCCAAAAGGGCCAGGCUCAACAUUUGGCGUUAUGGAGAUUUCCGCGAAGAUGACGCAGAUGAAUUUGGGUUUAAACGUUAAGUCGCCAUUCCAAAGACCUUGUGGAAGAUGAUGCAUUCGUAGAGAACACAAACACACAAGUCACGAAAAUCUCAACAUACUUCAGUAUGCUCUUUUUUUUCAGAAUGGUAAAACACUUGCCUCUUUUUUUUUUUAAUCAUCUGUGCAUAACCUCUCUUUUGCCCAAGGACUUUGUUACUUUUGUUUUUUUAAGUAGGCUACAGAUGUUAAUCUAACUGUAGCUGCUUCAGAUAGGACCAACUUUAUUUCAUGGAAUCUUAAGUUUUCACAUUAUAGCCGAUUACCUUUUCCGCGUAAAUUUUUACCCAGUCACCAGCUGUCGAACCCCAUCAUUGCGAACCUGUUCCGCCCAAUCAGAUUUCUGUGUUUUGGGGCUAGACUUUUAAAGAUAUGAGGGAGAUGCACAGAGCAACCAUGAACUCAACAGCUUGCUGAGAUAACACCUCCUUAGAGAUAAGAUUCUAUAUUUAAAUAUAUAUAUGGAUAUUUUCAAGUUAGAUGCAAACGAUAGAUACAAGUGAACUUGGUGGGUGUAUUUUUGUCUCUGAUGAGAUCCGAGUGUUCAGUGGCAUUUCUGGGCAUUUGUACAGGAUGUGUGUUUUCUCUGUUUCUAUGGCAAAAGAAAAGCCUGCUUGCACCUUUACAAGCGUCUCGUGACCUCCCCUUCGACGAUUGCUCAACGGUCAUCAUUUCUUGCCUGUCAUUACAGAAACGGUGUUUGGAUUUUGUUUUCAUCGGAGUAAGAGCCUGUCAUUGUAUUUAAAUCUGAUAAAUAAAAAUGAGCAAAGUG